GUAACGCGCCGCAUCAUGCGGAUGAUCAAGCUGUAGCAUACGAGCGACUGCUGGCUAAUUCUACCAGAUGCAUCUAUUCCACCCUGUGACUUGUGGUUUUGAACAUCUUGAUAGACCAUAGUUGUGCUGGAGAGUCUUGGAUACUUAUCUCCUAGCUUUCAGCGAUGAGAAUAAACGUAUCGGUGCCUAGUCAUUUCGUAUUACAGACUAGAAGCUCUGACCUUUCGCCAUGUCCUUCGCUGUCGAAAUCGCUGACCAUCACACCAUCACCACAGUGCUUGGCAUCGCCGCAUUCACCGGUGCCCUACUCUAUCUCAUAAGCACUCUCAUCGACAGCCGGAAGGUUUUUUCGAGUUUUAACCGCGCCCCGUCCUUCAGUCUGCCGACCGAGAAGCCCUCCGUGACUACGGCCGAGAAGCCGAGCUACGUUAACGCGUUCCCUCCGUCCCAGAGGGCCACAAUUGCGGAGCUUGGGCCACAAUUCGCGGGUAUCAAGGAGGUCGACCUCGCCGUGACGCCGAAGCCUCUGUUGCGGGUGGAUGCCGACUACCGGUCCGCCGACCCCUCCCUCUUUAACUUCAGUGGCUUUAGCAUCGAUGAUAUUCAAAAGCUUGGCAACUUUCCCAAUUAUGCAACUAUUUCAGGUGUUCCGUUGCCGUCGCCGGUGGAAAAUUUCGACAUCGACAAGGCCGUCCCGCGGCCCUACCGGCCGUUCAGAUGGGCUUACCACCAGACUAUGUCCUUGACCAAGAUGGAUACGGAUUUCUGGAUUGAGCUCGAAAACACAUACAAGCAGCGCAUUGCCGAGCGUAAAGAUCUGUACGCAAAGAACGGCCGUGAUGUUCUUGAUAGUUUGCCCGGAUGCGAACUUGCGUGCAAAGAACUCAUGGAAAUGGUCAUCCAAUUCAUCUGCGCAAGGUAUCCUAAGCAGUUCAAGCUUGAUGGCACCAUCUUGGUCAACAACAUUCUAGGCACGACAACGGAUCUAUCUGUCACCGAGCCACUGAUCGUGCUCUUGGACAAUGUCCCUGAAGAUUUUGGCAUCAUGCUUCGGGAUCACGAGACGGGCAAGUACGUUCUACGAGGCGGAAUUAUCUGCUCCUCCGUUGGCUGGAAGCUCAGUGAAAAGGCAGGCUUGGGGCUGCCAGGAAUUCACAAGGUGGUUCCAGACUACAAAGAGAAGAUGGAGUUUAGCAUGGAUCGAUUUUUCACCAAAAUGCCAACCAACAAACCUAUUCAACGUGGUUCAUGGGGUCUAGAAAAGGGCCAACCACUCUAUCUUCCCUCAGAGCACCCCGAUUUCUCUCACCGCGAACAUCAGAACCCUAGCUUGGAACCCGGAGAUGUUCACUUACGUGUCGAUUGGCAGACCCUGCGCCGCCUACCACUAUCUGGUGGCGUUGUUUUCAACUUCAAGGCACUGUUCACACCGUUGACAGAGUUCAAGGAUGAGCCGUACAUCCCUUCUCUAGUUCUCAAAGUUCUAAAUGAGGGCAAGGAGAGCCUUCUGAAAUACAAGGGGACAUGGCAUGUAGAGCACGUGGUAAAGCCGACGUUGAAGGAGUAUGAGAAGUAUCAGAUUGAGAAUGGUUUGAUUGGAAAGGAUUGGGAGCCGCACACUUUGGCUGAAGCCCCUUUCUUCAAGGGAUGGGAGAAGAAGUGGACUGUUGGAUGAUAGGUUGUAGUUUCACCAUAAUGCAUAGGUUGGCGAUGCCUUCAUGAGAAAUAAUGAAAGUUGAGGGGUCCCCGGAUCAUGCGCCCACAAUGCUUUCAUAACGUGACUCAUUGGUCCGAUCACAAAAGGAGACG